AGUCUUUUUCCACUCAAGAUGAUACUUUCAAAGAUGUUCACACUGUGUAUGAUAUUUCUCCUCCUUAAACAAAUGGAUCAUGUUCCAGCUGCAGCACAAUCCUCAGCCAUUCGUCUCACGUCAGCCAAUGUUGGAGACACAGUGACUUUGCACUGUUUCUAUGAAGGUGACAUGGCAGUAAUAUUCUCCUGGUACAAGCAACCCUUUGGAAAUAUUCCUCGGCUCAUGUCAACAUAUUUUUUUAAGUAUGACAGUGACGCUGUAUUUUACCAUGAAUUUAUGGGUAACCCUCGCUUCUCAGUGGAAAGUGACAAAGGAAAAAAUCACCUAAGGAUCUCAGACAUGGAACUCUCUGAUUCAGCCACAUACUACUGUGGGAGCACUUAUGGAAACAAGAUGGAGUUUGGAGAAGGAACCAUUCUCAUUGUAAAAGGUUCAGAGUCCAACAGCAAGACAGUUGUACAGCAGUCUGUGUCUAAAUCAGUCCAGCUAGGAGACUCUGUGACUCUGAACUGUACAAUACACACUGAGACCUGUGUAGGAGAACACAGUGUCUAUUGGUUCAGACAUGGCUCAGGAGAAUCCCAUCCAGGAAUCAUUUACACCCAUGGAGACAGGGGUGAUCAGUGUGAGAACAGCUCUGAUGCUGGGUCUCCUACACAGAGCUGUGUCUACAACCUCCCCAAGAGGAACCUCAGCCUCUCUGAUGCUGGGACUUACUACUGUGCUGUGGCCUCAUGUGGGGAGAUACUGUUUGGGAACGGGACCAAGCUUGACAUUGACCAUGGUUGUAAGGAGGACCAUCUUCUGUUCACAUACUUCCUGGUUGUAGCGUUGGGUCUGUGUGUCAUCCUCAUCAUUGUCCUUACAUGUGUUUUGUACAAGAUGAGUAAGUGCACAGGAACGCACCCUCAGCCAAGUGCUCCUGCUGUCCCCAGUCAUGAUAACCAGGAUCAAGAUGUUGACACACUCCAUUAUGCCGCUCUGACGGUCGUCCACAAGAAUCCGAAGGCCGAGAGACAGAGGAGCGACAUGGAGAGAGAUACUGUGUACUCUGGGGUGAGACGCCAAAACAUGGACUGAAACGUCAACUUUUCCUCUUUAAUAACUUGCAUUGAUUUUGUGUGUUCUACACUGUAUGUAUGUAUGACUGUGGCUUUUUCAUUGCUAAUUUUUACAUUGAUACU